AUGUCCUCAAGAUCAAAUAUAACUGUUUUCCAAGGACCAAGAAAUUUCAGACUACGAUUAAUACUAUCCACAUUAUCUGGGAAGCCAAUCAAGAUUGAAAAAAUACGUUCAGAUGAUUUAAAUCCAGGUUUAAAAGAUUAUGAAGUUUCAUUCUUAAGAUUAUUAGAAGCUGUUACAAAUGGUGGUCGUAUAGAGAUUUCAUACACAGGUACCACUGUCAUUUACCAUCCAGGUUUGAUAAUAGGUGGUGAAUAUACUCAUGUUUGUCCAGACUCUAAACCAGUUGGCUAUUUCAUUGAGCCAUUAUUGUACAUUGCACCAUUUUCGAAAAAGACAUUCUCAAUAAUGUUUAAAGGUAUAACAGCUUCCAAGACAGAUUCAGGUAUAGAGGCCUUAAGAUGGGGGUUAUUACCAAUCAUAGAAAAGUUUGGUGUUAGAGAUGCUGCAAUUCACACUUUGAAAAGAGGUUCACCUCCAAAUGGUGGUGGUGAAGUUCAUUUAGUUGUUAAUUCCAAGAUUCAACGACCAUUAACUAUGCAUGCCACUGAUGCCCCAAAGAUUUCAGCGAUUAGAGGUGUUGCUUAUUGUACAAGAGUUUCUCCAUCAAUAGUGAAUAGAAUGAUUGAUUCAGCAAGAGAUGUUUUGAGACCUAUUGGUUGUGAAGUUGAUAUAACGGCAGAUGUUUGGAGAGGUGAAAAUUCUGGUAAAAGUCCAGGUUUUGGUAUAACUUUAGUUGCAGAAAGUAAAAAAGGUUGGAGAUUUUUUUCAGAAGGUAUAGGUGGUGCUGGUGAAGUUCCUGAAGAUUUAGGUACAAAGAUUGCAUAUGAAUUAUUAGAGGAAAUUUCAAAAUCAAGUAUUGUGGGGAGAAAUCAAUUACCUUUAUCUAUUGUUUAUAUGGUUAUUGGUAGUGAAGAUAUUGGAAGAUUGAGAAUUUCAAAAGAUCAAAUUGAUGAAGAGUUCAUUUGGUUAUUGAGAGAUAUAAAGUCAAUUUUCGGAACAGAAGUGUUUUUAAAAGAAGAAGAUGAUGAUAGUGGAGAUUUCAUUGCAACUGUUAAAGGUGUUGGUUUCACAAAUACAAGUAAAAAAAUUGCAUAG